GUUUACUGCUCUGUUUGUGGUUCUCGUCACUGAUUGCAACAGUGAGAAUGGCCUUUGAAGGGAAGUAUACUAUUGUAAAUAAAGCCAAUCAGUUGGUGCACCUGAGCUGCAACGCAACCUCUGAUCAGCUUCGGAACGGCAUCCACUGGCGUCUUGAUGGAGUACCACUCACCAGGAAUGCCCACAAGGACAUCAUUGAUGUAGAAGUGACUGACCGGCCAGAUGCGGGCAACUAUAGCUGUCACCUGAACAACACUGCUGAGUUACUAAAACACUACUACUUACUGAUAGACGUGGGAAGACAGCCAGAUAAAAUACUGAAAGAGGAAAAUGGAAACUACAUCACAUGCUAUGCAGAGAAAUUCGGCAAGAACUUUACCUGUCUCUGGAGGAAAAAAGAAAAGGCCAUCUUCUCAGCAAGAUUUCACAGAGAAGGUGGAAAUGGGGUCUCCAAGGACUGUGUCUUGACACCGUGUAAUAAUGCAAAGUGUACCGUACAAGCAACUUGCACAGACAAUACUUUUUCUCCAUAUGCUGAAGAGUUAAGACAAAUUGUACUCACUGUGGAGGCAGCCACAAACAAACGAUAUGAAAAGCACAUAAGACAUUUCUACAUAAGAGAUAUUUUGAAACCUGCUGCUCCGAAGGAACUAAAGAUCCAUCAUGUUCAGAAGCAAGACAACGUCAUUGUCAGCUGGCAAUAUCCAGAUUCCUGGAACAACCCCCAUUCCUACUUCCCACUGCUGUUCAAGGUUGAUGUUGAACUGAACUCCAGAAGGUUAAAACGUCGACAGAUCUCGACACAGACACUCGGUCCAUGCAGCGUUGUCAAAUCAUUGAAACACCAUGGGCUUAGCUGCUCUACCGAGAAGUCCAGCGUGACCUUUCCAGUCCCUCACAAGCACCGUAAAAAAAUGGUCAUCUGUGUCCGAGUGAAGGAGCUGUUCUUCAACUCCACCUGGAGUGAACCCAGCUGCAAACAAGUGCACAAAAGCCCCAUCGACCGCUGCACCGACCUCUCCACUAUUGCCACCGGUCGCCUCCGUGGUGCCGACCCAGGCCCCAGCCACGGGUUCCAACCUCGCCGGCCGUGGGCUCUGACCCAUGGGGGCUCUGGCCUCGGCUACUCCACGGCCAUGACUCUGGAUGCAUUGCCAUUGGAUAUCACCCUGAAGUUCCGUGAUCAGAUUGGGAAGCCGGGCAUGGCAGCUCGAUGCAUAGAUGUGACGGUGCGGUCAGGGCCGAAUUUAGAUGAAGAGAGGCCCUAA